AUGGGAAGUCAAGAUCCCACCGAGGAGCUCCCGACUGUGCACUCCGCUGGAGGGGAGUUGCAGCAGGUUAUCGAGCAUGGCGGCAAGCUGGAUACCGUUACCCAAGAGAUGGCCGAUCAAGCCACACAGGCCGAGCAUAAUAUCUCGACGUGGCAAGCACUCAAAAUGCAUCGAUCCGGUGCCCUUUGGUCGUUAUUCUUUUCCUUGUGUAUUAUCAUGAGAGCAUACGACAUCGAGAUUACUGGCAAUUUCUAUGCCUUGCCAGCCUUUCAGAAGCAUUUCGGCGAAAAGUCUCCUGGUGGCGGAUAUCAAAUCCCGGCCAAAUGGCAAGUGGCGAUGUCUAUGGGCCCCAUUGUAGGGCAAGUUGUCGGAGCAUGGGCAUGCGCCAUUCCAAUGGAUCGAAUCGGUCGAAAGAAGACCUUGGCUUUAUACCUAUGCGCCACCAUUGCAUUAAUAUUCAUGCAAGUCUUCGCGACGAACAUCCGUGUCUUGACGACGUCUAUGUACCUGGCAGGUCUCAUUUGGGGAGGAUAUCAUGUCCUAGCCCCGACAUAUGCAUCGGAAGUUUUGCCUCUGCGUCUUCGGGGAUAUUUCACGGGUUAUGUUCAACUAUGCUACACCCUUGGCCAGUUCCUUCAAACAGGAAUUACCCGAGGGUUUGUCAAUCGAGCGGACAAAUGGGCGUACAAAAUUCCGUACGCGAUCCAAUGGGUGUGGCCAGUGAUCCUACUGAUUGGAUUAAUCUGGGCGCCCGAAUCACCCUGGUGGUUGAUGAGACAGAAUCGCCUGGAAGAUGCAAAGAGAUCUCUCGAUCAACUCACGAACAAAUCUAUCCAAGCUCAGAAUACCAAUACGCUGGCUAUGAUGGCACAGACAGAUCUAUACGAACGUGAGCAGGAACUCGGUACAACCUACCGGGAUUGUUUCAAGGGGUCCAACCGAAGACGGCUUGAAAUCUGCUCUAUGCUCUUUGUUGUUCAGAACUUCGCCGGCAAUCCGACUGGGUUUGCUACAUAUCUGUUCGAGCAGGUUGGUCUGAACGCCGAGCAAGCAUUCGACAUGGGCGUCGCCCUCAACGCGGUCUCCUUCGUCGGGACCCUUUUGUGUGUGUUUCCAUUGGCCUGGUUUGGAAGACGGAUAUCCUGGUUGAUCGGGCUAAGCUAUUCUGUGGCCAUUAUGUGGAUCGUGGCUAUUCUAUGUUUUGCGAGAAACUACAACUCGACACCCUCAUACUCCUGGGCUCAGGCGGUAAUGCUUAUUAGUCUUCAGUUUGUGUUUGCACUGACGAUCGGACCCUUGGGAUUCACUAUCUCGAGCGAGGUUCCAUCAUCCAAGUUACGGGCAAGAACACUGUCGCUCACCGCAACUAUCAAUGGCCUCUCAUACUUAAUUCUCGACAUUCUGGGUCCUUUUUUCCUAAACCCCGGAGCCAUCAACGCUGGUGCAAAAAUUGAAUUCGUUUUUGGGGGUAUUUCGGUAUUUUCAUUGAUAUGGAGUUACUUUCGGUUGCCAGAGACCAAGGAUAGAACGUACAAGGAGUUGGAUAUCAUGUUCGAAAACAACGUACCAACUAGGCAGUUCAAAAAAUACCAGGUCUCUGACGAGGGAGAGGAUGCAAAGUAA